CUGUGCUCUGUGCUGGUCACUCCAGAGCCCAAGGAUGGGAAGCAGGGGUGUUCUGUUGGCACCAAAGAUCAGCUGCAUCAGGAGCAGGGCUGCUCCAGAGCUCUCCCCCUGCUCGCUGCCUGCCAGCAGUGGUGCUCUGGGGGGUUUUGCAGCACAGUUUGGGUCAGGGGACCGAAAUGCCAUGUUCUGGUUUCACUGCUGUCUGCUGGCACUGGGGCAGAACUGGGCACGCUGUGGGGCUCCCAGUGCACCCUGUUUGGUGUGUGUUGGUUCCAGUGACUGCCUGUGCCCUCUGCUUCCAGGCGGCUUCGGCUUGUGCCAGAGCAACAGAGGAACUUUCUGCGGCUGCGGGGCUGUGAGCCAGGGCUGGGCCUUCCUCCAGAUCCCACCCUCCUCCUCCUUGCCUGCUGUGGACAGAAACAGCCUCUCAGGGCAGAGGCUCGGCGGAGAGUGAGGACACGCAGCGAGGUCCCACGGGACACCAGAGCAUUCAUUGUCAGCCAUGGCAGCCCAGCCCGUCGGGGGCCAGAAGCCCUUCCACGUCGUUUCACCCGUUCUGGAGAGCCUGUCCCUCUCCAAGGCCGUGGGCACCAAGGUCUUCAUGAAGCUGGAGAACGUCCAGCCCUCGGGAUCCUUCAAGAUCCGGGGCAUCGGGCACCAGUGCCAGGAUGCCGCCAAGAGGGGCUGCCAGCACUUCGUCUGCUCCUCAGGAGGAAACGCGGGUCUGGCAGCAGCGUACGCGGCCCGGGAGCUGGGGCUGCCCAUCACCGUGGUGGUCCCCAGCAGCAGCGGCCCCACCGCCGUGCGCAAGCUGGAGGAGCUGGGGGCCACCGUCGAGGUCUAUGGCAAGGUGUGGGAUGAUGCCAACGGGAGAGCCCAGGAGCUGGCUAAGACAGAGGGCUGGGUCAGCAUCCACCCCUUCGAUCAUCCCUUGGUGUGGGAGGGUCACGCCAGCCUGGUCCGGGAGCUGAAGGACUCUCUGGAGGCCAAACCAGGCGCCAUCGUGGUGGCGGUGGGCGGCGGGGGGCUGCUGGCAGGUGUCGUGGCCGGCCUGCACCAGGUGGGCUGGCAGGAUGUCCCGGUCAUCGCCGCCGAGACCCAGGGGGCUCACAGCUUCCACGAGGCGCUCAAAGCCGGCCGGCUCGUCACCCUGCCCGACAUCACCAGCGUGGCCACAUGCCUGGGAGCCAAGACGGUGGCGGCGCGGGCGCUGGAGUGCGCCCGGGAGUGCCGGGUGCUCUCGCAGGUGGUGCAGGACACGGAGGCGGUGCGGGCUGUGGAGCAGUUCCUGGAUGACGAGCGGAUGCUGGUGGAGCCGGCGUGCGGGGCUCCCCUGGCCGUGCUCUACUCGGGGCGGCUGCAGCGGCUGCAGCGGGAGGGGCGGCUGCCCCCGCUGGGCUCCGUGGUGCUCGUGGUGUGCGGCGGCAGCAACAUCCACACGGGCCAGCUGCGGGCCCUGAAGAGCCAGCUGGGCAUGGAGUGACACCAGCCCGGGCAGGGGAGGUGACAGAGCCCGGCCGGCGCGCUCUGCUUGCUUUCCUUCCCAAACAACCCAAAUAAAGCCUGGGGACGCGGG